UCUGGUUCCCAACGCGAUGGCGCAAUUCCGUUCCAAGGUUUCGAAACGGCGGCUGCUAAUCUUAAAGCUUUAAUAACGAGUCAGCGCACCCAACCCCCGCUAAACAUUCUUUAAGAGAUCCAGAAUGCGGCCUGGAAGUACUACUGUAACAUCCUUUGGCAGUGUUCGCUUGUAAGAAAAUCCAGGAAACUAGAAUUGGUUAUAUAAAAGGACGAUAUAAGGCUCUUUUGUUUCCGAUUACGUCAUUUUAGUCCGGAUGUUCAAGCAAAAAGCAGCGUUACCUCAUUACCAACCGUUGCGCUGUAUGCCAAGCGCUCUUUAACCGGCCGAGGAUCAUGACUUUCCUCGAAUUCCUCUCCGCCCUAUUCGGGUGGAUAUAUACGUUAUCCUGGUCAUUGUCCUUCUAUUCUCAGCCUAUGUUGAACAUUCGAAGGAAGUCGACCUCUGGUACCACUGUAGACUUUCCCUUCAUCAACACCCUUGGAUUUCUUACUUAUCUCAUAUAUAAUGCCGUAUUCUAUUCAUCUCCAGUCAUACGCUAUCAAUAUGCUCUCCGUAACCAUGACCACACGCCAACCGUCGCGGUCAACGACAUCGUCUUCGCUGCUCAUGCCUUCGUCGUCUGUACGAUCCUGACCAGCCAGUAUUUUGUGCCGUCGAUCUGGGGCUUCGACCAUGCACCAGGCACCAAGCCGUCACGCCUCAUCCUUGGUGUCAUGAGCGGGUCCAUCAUCGCCGUCGCCAUCAUCAUCUUCGUAGUCGCGUCCGUGCCCCCCGACGCGAACCCGAAGACCUCGUGGGCGUGGCUGGACGUCAUCUACACGCUCUCGUACGUUAAGCUGCUGAUCACGCUCGUCAAGUACGCCCCGCAGCUGGUGUACAACUUCCGGCAGCGCAGCACCAAGGGCUGGAGCAUCUGGCAGAUCCUGCUGGACUUCCUCGGCGGCAUGCUCAGCAUCGCGCAGCUGGUCAUCGACUCCUGGCUGCAGGGCGACUGGUCCGGCAUCACCGGAAACCCGGUCAAGUUCGCGCUGGGGAACGUCUCGAUGCUGUACGAUCUGGUCUUCAUGACGCAGCAUUAUGUGCUUUACCGCGACGAUGGCACGACGAAAGACGGCGAGAGAGAUUCGCUCCUUGAGAGGGGCGAGGAUAAUCGGAGAUUAGAUUAGGCUAUGAUACUCUACCUCCUUUCCCGCCGCAGCUGGAUCGGCAUCUCAUUCCGGGUUAUGAGUUGUGUAUGAGCGCGGUACGGUCGAAAUAAGAUGCCAGCCACACGAUUCCCAAAUGGUCCGUUAAAAGCCAUGACUCGGUGUUUUUAAAUAAUGGAACCUUCUCAUAUUAUCUCUAAACAGCACUUGGAGAAUAUUGGAUGAAAGGUGACACCAGUGAAGACAUAUAAGGGCAUCUAUCUCAACAUAUAUGUCAAAGUCGCAUGAAACAAGUUGCGGCAUAAGGAUUUAAUUUAUUUAAGAGAAAUAAAGCCUAUAUAACUGCCUAAAAUUUGGUGCAUAUUAUAUUGAA